UCCCUCGCUUGUCUUCUUUUUAUAUCGCACUCUCUAACCCUCCAAUUUCUCACCGGUUCAGAAUUUCGAAGAAGAAGAAAAAAUUAAGAAAUGGCAAGGAAAAGAGUGGAGGCUGAGGAUACUUCUGCCAAUGCCACCAUGGUUCGCGGCAAAGACGGCAGCGCAUUUGCCAAAUGUGAAGAUUGCAAGAAGGACGUGCCAGUGGCUCUUAUUAGCAUGCACAGCUGCAGCCUUGAAGCUAGAAUCAAGAUGAAUCUGGAGGCUCAAGUUGUUGAAAAGGCGGCCGAGCCUAAGAAGAAACCUGCUGAAAGGAAGAAAUCUACAUCGACAGAACCCAAGGCAAAGAGAGCUAAGAAGGCUGACAAUCCCAACAAGCUUAAACGUCCUGCUACCGCCUUUUUUGUCUUCUUGGACGAGUUUAGAAAAGCCUUCAAAGAAGCGAAUCCUGAUGCUAAGGAUGUCAAAAGGGUUGCGAAGGAAGGUGGUGAAAAAUGGAAAGCUUUGAGUGAUGAAGAGAAGAAGCCUUAUUUGGAUAAAGCUGCUGAGCUCAAGGCUGAGUAUGUGAAGGCCUUGGAACAAGCAAAUGAUGCUGAAAAUGAAGAUGAGGGAGAUGCUGCAGAUAAGGAGGAAGAUGUUGCAGAUAAGAAAGAUGGUGAGGAGGAGGUGCAUGAAGUAUCUGAUAAUGAAGAGUAGCAUCAUAAAUUUUUACUAUAGAGGAUUGUAAAUUUUAGCUGUUCCUAGUUUAUAGGUAGAUUUUGGUUUUGGUUUUGGUUUUUGUUCAAGCAUAACUUGUUAGCAAUCAUUUGGCUUGAUCUCCAAUUUCUUUAAAAACAGCAAAAUGUUAGCUUGAGGUCUCAACUUAAUGUUGAGCUAGACAGUUCAUGACUGUAUCUUGAUAUUUCAGUCUGUUUCUCUGCAUUAAGGUUCAGAUUAUCAUUGUUAAUGAACCUAUUUUUGUUAA